AUGAGUGAUGAAGAGAGUUUCCAAAUCAAGUCACUAAAAGCUGAUCAUAAUUGUGCUAGGAACUUCAAGUUUGGAUCAUUGGUGACAUAUGCAUGGAUUGGAAGUCACUAUACCAAAGAGAUUGUAGAAAGUCAGAAAAUAAGUGGAAGGAAGCUUAGGUUAAAGGCACUGGACAAGUUUGGUAUCCAAGUUAGUAUGGGGCAAUGUAGAAGAGCAAAGAAGUAUGCAUUGAAACUUGUUGAAGGUAACCUUGUUGAACAUUAUGGUAAGCUAUGGCCAUAUGGUCAUGAGAUUUUAAGGACAAAUCCUAGGUCAACUAUGAAACUAGAUAUGAAGGAUGGUCCAUAUGGAAAGAAAUAUUUUAGCAAGCUCUAUUGUUGUUUUCAAGGAGUUAAACAAGGUUGGAUUGAAGGGUGUAGAAGGGUAAUUGGUCUUGAUGGAUGUUUUCUUAAAGGUUUUUUUAAGGGAGAAUUGCUUUGUGCUAUUGGGAGGGAUGCAAAUGACAAGAUAUACCCUAUUGCUUGGGUAGUGGUUAAUGUGGAGAACAAGCAGAAUUGGAAGUGGUUUCUAGAGCUUCUCAUUGAUGAUCUACACUUGAAUUUAGGAAAUGGUUUUAGUUUAAUGUCAUACCAACAUAAGGGUUUGAUAGAGGCUAUUAAAGAGUUGUUGCCAUAUGUAGAGCACAGGCAGUGUGCUAGACAUAUUUUCCAGAAUUUGCCGAAGAUAUUUACUGGUGCCAUAUAUCAUACCUUGUUUUGGAGAGCAUCUAAAGCCACAACUGAGCAUGCUUUUAAAGUUGUGAUGAAAGAAAUUGAGACAUUGAACUCAGAUUCCCAUCAAUAUCUCAUGGAGAAGGAUCCUAAAACAUGGUCAAGAGCUUUCUUUCAAACUGGAAGGUGUUGUGAUGCAGUUGAAAAUGGGUUCUCAGAAAGUUUUAAUGCUAUAAUAGUAGAUGCCAGGAAGAAGCCCAUAAUAACCAUGUUAGAGGAGAUAAGAUUAUACAUGAUGGAUAGAAUCUACAACAUGAAAUUAAAGGGACAACAAUGGGGAAAUCAUAUUUGUCCAGAGAUAACGGAUAAGGUGAAUUUGCUUAAAAAAGCUCAAAGGCAUUAUCAAGUACUACCAAGUGGAUUAAACCAGUUUGAGGGUAGUACAAGUGAACCACAACAACAUGAAGAGGUUGAAAUGACUCCAAUUGAGAUGGAUACUACUCAAAAUGAUAUGCAAGUUGCUCCUACUGAUGUUGAAUCUAGUAGUGCAGGGGAUUUUAGUCAUUAUAUGCAGUUUACUCCACCUAGAUGUUAUGAAGGUGAUGAGGGUGUUAUGUGUGAGGAAGCUGAUGUGGUUGAGGAAAAGGGUAUGUUGGUCAUUUAA